AUGUCUUACAAUAAUUACACCAGGACUAGCACUGGCCGCCCAGAGCCGAUUCAGCAACAGCAGACCAUGGCGAAGCCCACCAGGAAAUAUGACUUGGUUGUUGAACAACAACCGAUCCGAGCCCGCAUGUGCGGCUUUGGUGACAAGGAUCGAAGGCCGAUCACACCCCCGCCCUGCGUCCGCUUGGUCGUCUACGACACCCACACGGGACAAGAGGUCCCCUUCAACGACAUCGACAGCACAUACUUCGUGCUCAUGGUCGACCUCUACGACGCGCAGGGAGUCAAUGCCGUCAACCUGGUGAGACACAGUAGCGCGGCGCCGACCGUGUCGAUAUCAAGUAGUACUACCACCUCUUACCCUCCGCCGCCCGAGCGAACACACCACAUGUUCACAGCCCAAGUUCAGUACGACUCCCGCGGGGGCAUGCCGCAGCAGCACAUGGUCCAAUACGGCGGAAACCCCGUUCCAGGGCCCCAGGGAUACUGGCAGGCCCAACCACCGGGCUACCCCAUGCCGCAAAACAUGUACGGGCAGCCCCCCGUGCAGAUGACAAACACAAUGAUUCCCGCAACACCCAUGGGCUCGAAUCACACCCGCAAUCUCAUUGGCAUGAACGCUGUCAAUGCAUGCCGCCUCCAAGAUCUCGACCAAAAACCCGGCUUUUGGUUCGUCCUACAGGAUCUGAGCGUGCGCACCGAGGGCACAUUCCGGCUGAAGCUCAGCCUUUUCGACAUUGGCUCCAACGACGGCACCAACGGCACCAUUCACAUGAACGACGGCAGCAAAGGUAAAGGCCCAUGCCUUGUCUCCAACUUCACCGAGCCCUUCACUGUCUACUCCGCCAAGAAGUUCCCCGGUGUCAUUGAAAGCACCAAGCUCAGCAAGUGCUUUGCGCAGCAGGGUAUCAAGAUCCCCAUUCGCAAAGAUGGCCCCAAGGUGCCUAACCAGGCUGAGUUUGAUGAGGAUGCGUGA